UUGAAUGUAAGCGCUGCGAUUAAUCACAAGAGGGCCCAGAAUGUUUUCAACUGCCGCUCAAUGGACGUAUGUGUAUUGUAUACCAUUAACAUGCCAGCUAUGACUAUACGAUCGAGGGGGGAGUGCGACCGAACGAUGCAAUAGCCUUCGUGCUGAAAGAGCGGUCAGCCUGAGUCAAAUAGUUCGCCUUGUCCAAAUCGCGCACGCCGACUAUGUGUGGAUGGAGCGGAGCAGAGGUCAUUGGUGACCACAGCACUGGCAAUGAGACACUUGUAUUCAUGCCCAUGGCCAGGUCGUGACCAGUCAAACUACGCGAAGAGCUCAACGUCCACCGAGCGAAGGACAUGGAAAAUUCUCAUUUUAGGUCGUGAAAUUUCAGCUACAUGGCGUCCAGAAUUGCUAGCAAGAGCUUGCCCUUGGUUGUUGCAUUCGCCAGCGUACUGAUACUGAAAGGAAUAUAUGCUACUGAAGAUUUAGAUUUUACUCAGGAGCCCAGCGACGCAGUUGUGCUGCGCAACCGGCCGCUGACCCUUGGCUGUGCCGUUACCGGCCUGCCACCACUGACCGUCCAGUGGCUGUACAACGGCCAGGCCAUUAGCCCCAAUGCUGACCGGCAGGUCUUGAGUAACGGCUCCUUGUUUUUACCGAACGUGCUUCCAAAGCGAGACAGUGGGGAAUACCAGUGUUGUGUCUCGAAUGAGUUGGGCAGAAUUUGCAGUAGUCCCGCUUCAGUCACAGUUUCCAAUGUACCCAGAUACACUGUUGUUCAGCUGCCGGACACCAUCCAGAGGGGGGGAGUCCUGAGGUUGGAAUGCUCAUCGGAGGGGGCCAUUCCCGUUACAGAGGCGAUCUGGAGGCUCGGGAAGGUCGUGAUUUUGCCAGAUCAAAGGAGAACUAUUUUGCCAAGUGGAGUUCUUCAAGUGUCUGACGUGGUUGCAAGUGAUGCUGGUAACUACCGUUGCUUGACGCAGAAUGUCGCUAAUCGUCGGAUCAAGAGCCCAGCCUUCAGUGUGCUGGUGCAGGAGCCCCCAGACAGCCCGAGCAGGGACCCGGUCAUUGUGGCAGGGCCUCAGGCCCAGUGGGUCCUGGAAGGGGAGAUGGCUCUCUUUGAGUGCUUUGCUAACGGGGACUCAUUACGAGUGACAUGGACCCGAGAAGAUGGCAGGCCAAUCAGAACUCAGGAUGUGAAUUACCUCGGUCGGAGCAAUCUGCAGCUGCUGGAGGUGACGGCCAGCGAUGAAGCGGUGUACGUCUGCACUGCCGAGAACACAGUGACAGGGGCCACCGUGCAGGCACGGGCCCAGCUGUAUCACGUGGUGCCCCCAGCCUUCAGGGUGGCUCCGUCCAAGUUCUUUGGGCCACUUGGCAGUACUGGCAGAUUCUCCUGCUCUGCCACGGGCCGCCCCACACCAGCCAUCCACUGGCUGCACAACGGCCAGCCCGUGGAGCUAGACGAACGGGUGGUACAGCAGCCCUCAGACGACCUGGUCUUCAUCGGGGUGCAGCGGGAAGACAUGGGCAUGGUCCAGUGCGUGGCUGAGAACGAGGGGGGCCGCAUCCAGGCGGGAGCCCAACUGGAAGUUCGCCUCAGUGGCAAAUUGCCCAAUCCCCCGCAGCACGUCCGCUUGCAUUCUAUCAACCCCAACACGGUCAUGGUGACCUGGAGCCCCCCAGAACGGUCUGAAAUUGAGAUCAUCGCUUACAGCAUCCACUACCAGGCCGUCGAGAGUAAAGGCAGCCGGGAGCUUGAUGAAAUCUGCAACGCUGAGGACACACAGUUCAUGGUGGACGAGCUGAACCCGCACACCAACUACUCAUUCUAUAUGCUGUCGUGGAACACCAACGGGCCGAGCAAGGAGUCAGCGCGCCAGUACAUUUUUACAGAGCAGUCGAGGCCCUCCAUGCCGCCCAAGUUCACGGCGGCCAGCAACACUCCGACCUCCAUCACCCUGAACUGGCAGCCAGUGCCCCCACAGCACCGUCAUGGCAUCAUCACCCGUUACCGCAUCACAGUGCGCGAGCACAGCGGCGGCGGGCCUGCCGACACGCUGGUCAAUAAUGCCUCAGUGACGGCCUUCACGCUAGAGGGCCUGCUGGCCGGGACCAUCUACCAGGUGCGCAUGGCAGCUGCCACAAACAGCGGAUUCGGCGUCAACUCGGACUGGUUGACUGUGCAGACGCGUGUGGAAGGAGACCUGCGGCCAAAUGCUCCCUACUUUGAGACGGUCACUCUCAACUACUCCUCCAUCAGCGUCCUGCCGGACCCGCCCCAGCCCUCGGACCUCAACCUCCUGGGGUUGAAGCUGUUCUAUUCCAAGCUUGACUUAGAGGAAGAGGCAGGCGACGACGACCCGAUCCUGCUGUCCCUCAACACCACGGAGUACAUCAUCACUGGAUUAGAGCCAGAUACGGCCUACAUCAUCCGACUGCUGGUCUACACCAUUGCAGAAGACGGGGAAGGCACUGUGCAGGAAGUCAGAACUGCAUCUAUGCCAGGCAUUCCCAACCAGUUCCUGGAGGCCCCCACUAAUCUGGCAGUCCAAGCCCUCAGCUCCCGGUCGGUGAGGCUCACCUGGCAUGCGCCAGUCACCAAUCAGCUGGUCAACGGCUACGUCGUGCGCUACUGGCCACGGGGGAACCGCUCCCGUUUGGAGCUGCCCAUCCAGCUGGACCUAGAGAAGAACAACACCAUCAAUCAGGUGAUUAUCCAGGGCUUGGACCCCUUCACGAUGUACGAAUUUGACGUCUGCUCCGUCAGCACCAAGAUGUCCGGACCGUUCUGCGAUGCUAGAGCCGUCAGAACCUUGGAAGACCGCCCGUCCACUCCACCAGAGGAUAUUCUGGCCAAGCCCUUAGCCCCCCACGCGGUAGAGCUCCAGUGGCAGCCUCCCAUGCAGCCCAAUGGCAUUAUCACCCACUACGUCAUCCUGUAUGAUGAGGAUGUCAACAAGCCAGAGGACAAAUGGAACCAGCAGGCCCGAAAUGGUACAGCCCACCACUCAACCGUGAAUGGCCUGGCCAGCGACACCAAGUAUUAUUUCAAGGUGCGGGCCGGUACGCAGGUGGGCGAGGGCCCUCCAACAGACGCCGUGGCAGCUCAGACUCUGACCGCUGCCCAGCCAGGUGUUAACACCAGUCGAUGGCAGGAGAGCUUGGUGAUUGGUGUCUGCUCAGCCUUUGUCCUGAUUGCCACCAUAGUGUUUUUCAUCAUCUGCAAGCGAAGGGGUCUCUUGAAACGAGCCCAGUCUAGUGCUGCUGCCCACAUCCACAGUAGCAAUGGUGCCGUGUGCACGGGCUAUGUGGCCAGGGCUAGCCCCGAUGGCCAGACGUACGUCACAGGGGUGGCAGACAGCGGGCAACAGAACGGCUUCAUCCCCAUGAGAGCAGUGCUCCCACAGCCCCAGAACAUGGACACUAAGGGUGGCACCCCUCUGAUCAUCAACGGCAAUGGCCCUGUCCGUACCUACCACCACCACCACCACCAUUGUCCCAACGGUGGCAUGGCCAUGCCGUCCCGGUUCCCGCGACCUCCUGGUCCCUGCAGUGCUGACCCCGAUGCCUCAAGUAUGGCCCUCCUUCCUGGCAGCGAGAGCGUAACCAACUCGGACUUGGGGGAGGACAACUCUCAGGGCAAAUCGGAAGCCAGCAGUAGUUCGGGUGGCUUCUCCUCUUACUCUCAGGAUCCUAACCACCGCACCAUGGCUAUGCAGCAGUGCUGCCUGGCCAGCAAACUACCUCAGUGCAGCAGCUGUUGCAUCGUGCCCUGUCCUCAGCUCUCUGACUCCUCCACGGGAUCUUACGGCGAGCCUGUGAUGGGGUCAAGGGUCGCCAGGGUGCUGCCCUCAUCGCCAUCACCACCACGGCAGCAGUCUGCCCCACAAUCUCAGGGUCUCCACGCCACCAGGCAUACGGGUGUCGACAUUAGUGGCAGUGGCCAGGGGAGUUGGCAGGCUGACUGGUGCUUCUCAGACGGGAGGUGGCCCGCUCCCACCCCAGCCCCGACGCUGCAAAGGAACGAACUGACGUGGCCCAGACACACCGGGCGGGUUCCAUGCAGGGUCCAGCGGGGGGAAAACGUGGUCACCUCCACCUCAGAUUGCGCGGUGCCACAGCCAUCAUCAUCCGUCUGGCAACGACAGAGUCAAGCACCCAGUGACAUGGAGGUUCCCUGCCAGCAGAACGCCGAGGCCCUUCCGUCACCGGACAGUGCUGAUGCCCUCGGGGGACACCAGCAGACGCCAGAGACAACAGUGCAGGGCGAAGACACCAGUCCAGAUUUCCUCAACCGUGUCCUGGAGGAGUUGAGCUCAGGGUCUUGCUCCACCGCUGUCUAAAGAGAAGAUGGAGAAACACAGCACGACAUUUUUUUUUAAAUUGAAGCGCAAAAGAAGAGAGGAAAUGUACGUAACCAAUCUACCUGAUAAUAUCAACUGCAUUUGAUUCGUUCAGUUUGGUGCUGCUACUAUAAUGCAUGGCAUAAACACUACACAUUCUCAGGACCAUGCCAUGCAUACGAGUGCGUAUCAACUGAGAAGAAAAAAACUAUUUAAACUUGGCCGAGGAACUGACCAGGAGCCGGCCAACGAGUGGACUUACCUCAACCCCCACGAAAGACUGACAGCUGAGAAGAUAUAUUUAAAAGACAAGAAAAAGGAUGUUUGCAUUGUGAUAAUGUGAAACAGUAAAGGAUCUCUCCUGAUGUUGACUCACUGUCGGACCCGCAGGAGAUGUGCGAUGCUUCAUGGAGACAAAACGAAAAGGGGAUGAAGCAAAGAAGCUGUGUAGCUGAUAUGACCUCAUAUCUCACUACGGGUUUGGAGUAGUGACCUCUAUAUAGCUGCUAUCUUUACAUGUCCAAACGGAAUGUAAUUUAUUUACUGAAAUUUGUAUUAUUCUUAUCAUUAUCGUAUGCAUUUUUGUUUCUGCUUUUUAAAGUUAAUGUAUGCGGGGUUUUUGUUUUUUGGGUUUUUGUUUUGUUUUUUAUUUGAGGUUUUAAUGCGUAUUUAUCAUGUUUAGUUAAAAAAAGAUGCAUCGUCCAGGAAAUGAUCUUGUUGGAUUGAGCAGCGAAACACUCAGUGUUCAGAAGCUUUUUAUAAAUUUGAUUUGAAGUGUUCCAGCCACCCACAGUAAAAAAAAAAAGGGAAUGUCACCUGUGGAUAUGCACUAAGAAAUUCUCCAAAUUUUGGUUUUCAAGUCGAUGCAGCAGACAUCCAAUUAUGAACGUGUCAGUCAUUAAAUAGAGAUUUGGGGGUUUAAAUUGCCAAAACAAGAAGGGAAAAAUCGCACAGAUCCUGCAGAACCUUGCACUUACCUUUGUUGGAGAUCACACGCUUCCAUCUCUGGUGAUCAAUCCAUUUUGGAGUACCUUGCCAAGUUCAUAUCUUGGAGUCAGAUUUCAAUGCAACAAAUCCAAAAGAGUCCAUUGCCGAUACUGAAAUGGUACAGGAGGUCUGAACAAUGAUAUACUCACACAAAAUGCAUUUAAGCAUCGCAAUGCAGUGAGGCACCUGCCACAGUGGAGAUAAAUGAGUCACUUUCAGUAACCUAUCGAAUAAAGAAGAAAUUGUUCCAUGUUCUUUGAUCACAAUUGUUUGGAUUGUGAGUAACUGUGCCUCGUGCUUACAGCACACGUCUUCAUGUCUUCGCCGUUGUGCAGACAAAUGUAUUACUAAUUACCUCAGACGUGUAGUAAAAAGACUCUUCUGUUUUGGGGGUUUUUUGUUUGAUUUUUAUUUUGGGGGGUUUUGGUGUGUUUGAUAGGCAUGUGUUGAGUUUCUCCACAUUGCAAGCUGUGUUCCACACUUAUACCCAGUUACCCGCGUCCAUUUCGUCUGUUCACAUUCUUUGCAUCCCCCAAAAAAGCCUUCACCUGAACAAGUCCGUCUUAUUUGCAUCGACCAACAGGCAACACGCCUUUGUCCCACUAUUUCACUAUGGAAACAUACAUGGAACGUGGGUAGUGUACCUAGAAAUCAUUGUGUUUCUGUAACAAUUCCUUAACCAAACACAGCUUGUUUACUUGGCAACACUUUCUUAACCCUAUGUGGUUUUUGUCAUUUUAUGCACUUUUUUCUUGUUUUUUUCGUCAUAUUUUUUUCAAGUAUCCUUUGUGUUUGAGGAAAAGGUAUUUCUACCUCAGAAAUAAAUGUGUAAAAUACGAGACUCAGGGAAGCAUAAUGUAUGAUACAUUAUUAUACAAUUUAUAUCGUAAGAUAAAGAAAAUGGGGGAGAAAAAAAGACAAAAACUGUACAGGUUAUUGAUGUAUUCUUCGUCAUGUGUUUUAAAAAGGAGUAAACUUUUUUCGAUUAUCAUAUGCUAGUUUUAAUUAAUUAUUCAGGUGCACUUUUUAAGAUAGCCAAGUGUAUAUUAGUCUGGUAGGGCAGUUUGGAUAGGGUUCCCGGUGGCUUUCACUCAAGACUUCGGUCCCGAUUAUAGGUUGGGAAUUUUUUUUUUUUGAAGGAAGGGACAUGUAGUAAUUAUGUCUUUUGUCAGAAGAGAUGUGCUUGCUCCUUAAAAGUCAAGGGUUUGAGAGAUGGCGUCUCAACUCUCAAAUGUUUGAAAGACUAUUCUCCUUCCCUCUUGCUUUUUUUGUCGGGGGGGGGGAGUGAGUGAGACUUACAGCUCUCCCAGUGAGGACUCCGAUCUUUAGUGAAUGCUACAUGGACUCUGUCCGUUACUGUUUUAGUGCAUGUGUGACCUUGGGUGUCUGGUUUGUUAUACAUUUUAUCAAGUUUCUAAUCACUUGCACAGACAUUUAAAAAAACUGUAUUCGAUGACGGGUAUUCAUGUGUGCCAUGAGUAGUGCUUGUGUAUCUUGUACAAAAUAAAACAAAAACAAAACAUUGUCAGCAAUUUUUAAUAAGGAGACUUAUAUUAGCAUGGUAAUUGCAGCUAGUUAUAAGGUAUCCUUACAAUAUGAAGACGUAGCAGCUAUCCUCUGUCAAGUAACUGUAUAUGAGCCAAGUCCAUGUGACUGUGAUCAUUGUUCAUUUACUGAUCUCACAGUUGGCAACCUGCCAAUUGACACUGCCAUGCAGACAAGGAUGCCUUUGCAAUCCCCCCUCCCCAAGAAUUCAUUUCGGAGAAACCUGCAUAUUUUGUGCUGCCGAAAUCAUGUGAAGCUCUGUCCCUCGGGCGAUAAUUCAGAAAUGAAAUCGGGUUUCUGGAUAAAGAAGGAAUUUGUUUUUGAUAAGGUUGGAGUUGAUACUUUUGUUGAGGCGUAUGGUCAUUAUGCUCAGAUCAUGAUAUUCAUGCCAACAUGUCCCAGUUUGGUGGUCACACCAAGAUGAGUUAUUCAGUGCAUCGCAUAGUUGAUCCUGUACAUACACAAAAAAAGGAGCCCUAGUGCAUUGACAGUUCCCCACCCACUCGCCCUUCCUACCCUCCAUGUUACAACAACCUGUGCUCAUUUCUUGUUGCAUGUUUUAGGUGUUAGGGUUGUGCUUUCUUUCCUUUUUUUAAUGAACAACACACCUCUACCUCAGAAUUGUCAACAGGGACAGGCAACAACUUGUUGGCCCGUCAAUUAAUGUAACAGUGAAUUGUGGCGAAAAGGAUGAAUGCAGUCAUUGUGCGUUUGGCCAUAUCGGUUACCAGUUUAUGUAAUGGGCUUUCUUUGGAAGAGACGAACACUUUUGUUGAAGCAACAAAAACCUUCAUGCACCGACACUAUCCUUUUGAUGAUUUCUUGUCGACCAAGAUUCAUGCAAAUGUUACUUGUCUGCCCUGCGGAAAACAGUUAACAUUCUUCUUGGUCACUCUUUUCAAGUUUGAUUAUUUUUCAGACUUUGUAACAAGUUUCUCUGUGUUUUUUGUUUUGGAAGUAUUCACUCACUCGAAUCUGUGUCCCAAAUUAGGGAUUUUAACAUGUACAUUGUAAACGAGAUGGUUUUAAAUAACCAAAACGAGAGAGAGAGAUUGCGUA